AAGCCAGUGCUGUCUGUUCUGUUCUGCGCAGUCACUGCAAGUGCAAGCUGGGCCAGCGCAUAAACGGGUUUUCAUCUGCGAGUGCGAUCCAUCAUCCGCAGUAAUUUAUUCGUUCCUGGAGGAAAGGCGAGGAAUCCCCGCUCCUGCUGCAACUCAACCGGGAACCCAGUGUGACAGAGCAUCCUUGGCCGCCGUCACUGUCAGUGCAACGAAUUAAUCCUGCACCAUCAUCAUGCCUGCUCGUUACCGCUUGACGUACUUUAACGGCCGUGCCCGCGCCGAGCUGAUUCGGCUCAUCUUCCACGCGGCUGGCGAGGAGUUCGAGGACAACCGCAUCGACACGGGCUCCUGGCAGCAGCUCAAGCCCAAUACACCGUUCGGAGCACUGCCGAUUCUGGAGUUUGACGGACUGGUUUUGGCGCAGUCACUGGCGAUCGCCCGCUUCCUGGCCCGCGAAUUCGGUCUGGCGGGGAAGGCGCGCUUCGACGAAGCGUUGGUGGAUUCCGUCGUGGACACCUCCAACGACAUCCUCGGUGACAUCGUCAAAAUCAUUUUCAACGAGGACGACAAACUGAAGCGGGAAAACCAGAAGAAGUUCGUGGAGAACAUCCUGCCCUUCACGCUGCAGAGCCUGGAGAACAUGUUCGCCAAGCACGGCAAGGGAUCCGGAUACAUCAUCGGGCCCGACCUGACUUACGCGGAUCUGGCUGUCUUCAACGCGCUGGACCAAGCCGUGCAGGCCGGCCUGGUGCAGUGGCAGUUCUUCGACCGCUACAAGCACAUCAGCGGCCUGCUGCGCCGCCUGGAGGAGACGCCGCGCAUCGCCGGCUACCUCAAGACGCGCCCGCACACGCCCUACUAACCAGUGCAACCAGUGACUGCAGCGGACACAGGGCUGCUCCAUUCAGCGGACAUUCGCACUAUGCUUUAACCCGUUCGUGUUUCUCCUCCUCUGUGGAUUCCCUCGAGUUUAACACUGAUUCUUUAUUAACUGACCAUUCGCCUCCAUCGCCGUGAUCGUUGAUUCCAGUUCGGUGGCGUUGCAGCUAUCCAGUCUGUAGACUGUAGCGAGCUACGUGUACACCCGAUGGCAUUUAUCAUUCCCAGUUGAUGUUAGUUCUUUGCUGUUUUAGUGUUUUAGUAGAAAGUCUAUAGUUAUAGUGUCUUCCCGGGACAUUGAUUGAUAUUGAUAGAAAUAUGGGCAGCUGCGUUCUUUAAUUUCCUUCUGCUUCGCUAGUAAUUUAAUUGCAAUAUUCGCUCUUCCCGAUAGACACUGCUCGUGUUGCCAAGUUGAUCAAAUAAAAUUACUUAUUAUUUCUGAUGG